AUGCUACGGCCGCACACUUUGGGUUCAGGCCGACGUACAGGAGGGUUUGGUUGGCGAAGCAGAAGGCUGUUGCCUGGUACUGUUGUAGUCCUUCGAACGAGCCCUGUUCGAGUUGGGGGACAUGUGGACGAGUCGCAAGCUUAUUUUCACCGACUGUUCUGGACGUUUUCACCAUGUAUAGAGGCAUUCCGUCAUUGCAAGCCGUUGGUCAGUAUUGACGGCACCCAUCUGUAUGGCAAGUAUGAGGGAACGUUGCUCGUCGCCAUUGCACAGGACGGGAACUCCAACAUUCUGCCUAUUGCAUUUGUGCUGGUUGAAGGUGAGAAUGCCGAGUCCUGGUCCUUCUUUUUCUCUCACCUGCGUCAGCACGUGACCCCGCAGCCGGACCUGCUAGUUAUAUCAGACACGCAUAACGGCAUCAAGGCCACACUUGAGGCUCCGGACGGAAGAUGGCUACCUUUCGCGGCCUACUGUGCAUUCUACAUUCGACAUGUCACAGCAAAUUUUGCCCUGACCUUCAAGGGCAAGGACACAAAGAGGCUGCUUGUGAAUGCAGCGUAUGCUAAGACCAAAGUGGAGUUCAAUUAUUGGUUUGAUAUUCUUCGAUUUGAAGACCUUACUAUGUGUGACUGGGCGAACCGGAUUGAGUAUUCAUUAUGGACACAGCAUCGGGAUGAGGGUCGGCGAUUUGGGCACAUGACGACAAACAUCUCCGAGUGUGUUAAUUCAAUCCUGAAGGGGGUUAGGAAUCUGCCUGUGUGCUCGCUAGUGAAGGCAACUUACGGGAGGUUGGCGAAACUAUUUGUCUGCAAGGGGAGAGAGGCUGAGGCGCAGCUUGGUACCGGACAACAAUUCAGUCAAUACCUGGUGAAGUGUAUAGAGGCCAAUCUCAAGACGGCGAGGUGCUUCACGGUGAGUUUGUACGAUAGAGAUAACUCGGAGUUCACCGUCUCGGAGACUACUCCUACUGGUUCGUUCUCACUAGGUAGCUAUAGGGUUUCACUUGGAGCUCAGACAUGUGACUGCGGAUACUUUCAGGCACUUCAUUUCCCGUGUCCUCACGCCCUGACAUGCUGUGCCUAUUCACGGCUUACUUGGCAGCCGUAUGUCCACCAAGUGUAUUGUCUUAGCUCCGUGUUUAGUGUGUACCGUAUGGGGUUCACACCUCCCAUUCCCGAGGGUUUCUGGCCACCAUACGAUGAGCCGACAGUGAUUCCGGAUCCCAACAAGAGACGUGCGAGCAAGGGACAUCCCAGGUCAACUAGAAUACAGACUACUAUAGACGAGGCGGAUCCGAACAGACGAAAGAGAUGUGGGCUCUGUCAGCAACCAGGACACACACGUCGAAGUUGCCCACAGGUUGGAGGACCAACUCACACGGAGGGGACAUGA